AACAUGGAAACUAGAAACCACACAGCUGUUUUAGAAUUCCUUCUCCUGGGACUGACAGAGGACCCGGCCCUGCAGCCCCUCAUCUUCAGCCUGUUCCUGUCCAUGUACCUGGUCACCAUCCUGGGGAACCUGCUCAUCAUCCUGACCAUCAGCUCAGACUCCCACCUCCACACCCCCAUGUACUUCUUCCUCUGUAAUCUGUCCUUGAAUGACAUCUGCUUAAGCACAAGCAUGAUUCCAAAGAUGCUGGUGAACAUCCCGACACAGAAUCAGAGCAUCUCUUAUGCAGAAUGCAUCUCGCAGCUCUACUUUGUCUUGGUUUUUAGUCUCUUAGAAAAUUUUCUCCUUGCAGUGAUGGCCUAUGACCGCUAUGUGGCCAUUUGCCACCCCCUGAGCUACAUGGUCAUCAUGAACCCCUGCCUCUGUGUUGUGCUUGUCCAGGUCUCUCUGAUCAUCAGCAUUGGGGAUGGCCUGCUGCACAGUCUGAUGGUGCUGCGACUGUCCUUCUGCACAGACCUGGGGAUCCCCGACUUCUUCUGUGAACUUGCUCAGCUCAUCAAGCUGGCCUGUUCUGACACCCUUAUUCACAACAUCCUGGUAUAUUUGGCAGCUUGCAUAUUUGUUGGUAUUCCUUUCUCUGGAAUAAUUUUUUCUUACAUUCACAUUGUGUCCUCUGUCUUAAAAAUGUCAUCAUCAGGAGGAAAGCACAAAGCCUUUUCCACCUGUGGGUCUCACCUGUCUAUUGUUUUCUUGUUUUAUGGGACAUCUUUUGGGGUGUAUAUUACCUCUGUAUUUAGUGACUCCCCCAGAAAGACUGCAGUGGCUUCAGUGAUGUACACUGUGGUCCCUCCAAUGCUGAACCCCUUUAUCUACAGCCUGAGGAACAGGGACAUGAAGGGGGCCUUGAGGAAACUCACUGGCAGGAUAUUGGCUCAUCUAUAA